UACCGAAAUCGAUCGUUUAUGAUUUUAUGGUUUUAUUACUAAUUCAAAUGAUUCGUAUUUUGUAUAUAUUACACUCAUUUAUCGUAGAAAAUAAAACGCGAAAAAAAUGAAUGAAUGAAUGAGAAAAUGAAUCUCCCGACAAUCGGCUGACUGGAGAUAUAUAAAUUUUGGAAAAUAAUUGUUCCGUGCAUCGUAGUUUCUAUUGACAUAGUAAUAUUAACUAAGGCAUAUCAAGAUUUUCUUCCAUCCCUGCUAAUAUAAUUCUUCUUCCGUGGUAUUCGUUGAGAUGAAGUGGUACCGACGGUCUCUAGAAAUAACGAGUAUCGAGCUAACAUUCUUUCAAUUUUUUACUAAAAGUUUUUAAUGAUUUACUUCCGCCAUGCAUCAUUCUGUUGGUUCAUUGAACAUUUUUACUCAUUCGGUCAACAACAAUAAGCAACUUCAGGUGGUCUACUAUAGCUCAGCUCAAGCUGCAAAUUCACAGGAUAAUUUGUAGCGGAGGUUAGAGUUUUUGGGUUUUAUUUGUUUAAAAAUAAGUGCUUCGUGCAGAUUUUAGGUAAAGUUUAUGUUUUCAUGUAUUUAUUCGUCAGCGAUCCUUUUGUUUUGUAUUAUUUGAAAUUUCAAAUCACUUGAUUUUGAACUUAUGUAAUUAGUUUUACACUUUACUGAUGACAUAAAGUAAACUUAUCUCGAAAGCGACUGUAAUAGUAACUCAAAGAGUCCAUUUUUCAUUGGAGGCGCUCUUAGAGCCAUUGACAGCUUUAUUACAUUCCCAUAACAGUCGGGCCACUAGAUGUAUUUACUUUAAGCUUUAGUGCUGAUUCAGUGUCUACGUAGUGGGGUCUCUAGGAUUGGGAAUUGGAAAGUUGUCUCGAAACAGAAAAGAAAAAUGACCUGAAUAAAUGUAUAUAUUAUGAAAAAGCUUUAUCUUUUGAAAAGCCAUGACACGAACUCGUAUAAGAUGAAUAAAAGUAAUCAUCCAAAACUGAUUGAUUGAUUGAGUAUCUUCAUUAGCAAAAGAUAAGAAAAGAUGGUCAAGCAACGGAGAUGCUUAUUUUGAACCCAGUUAUACAACAAAUAUGACACGUGGAGGUUUACUUUGCAUACUAGUGCUGAUUAUUUCAGUUUUAGCCGAGACUUCUAGUGCUGAAUUGGAUGCAUGUAAAUUGGAUGAAGGCUUGAUUCGAGAGAUUCGUGGCUAUCAACCGGUGGUGGAUAAGAUUAUCUAUGAAAUUGUCAGUGGAAGAUUUGCUGGAAAAACAUGGGAAAGUCUUGCGGAGUUAACUGAUCGCUUUGGAUCACGUAUGUCCGGAUCACAACAGUUGGAAGAUGCGAUCGAUUAUACUGUUGAAAGGAUGUUACUUGAUGGGCUUGAACAUGUUCACACAGAAGAGGCUCCCGUACCGCACUGGGUGCGUGGUUUUGAGCGAGCUGAAAUGAUAGAACCAUCUUACAAACCAUUAUCUAUCCUCGGGUUGGGAACAACAGUUGGAACACCGGAGGGAGGGAUAUCUGCGGCUGUCGUAGUCGUAGAAACCUUCGAUGAAUUGGAAGCGCUAUCUGAUGAACAAGUACAAGGGAAGAUAGUAGUAUUUGUUCCCGAAUGGAACGGUUACGGAACAACCGCUAGGUAUCGUGGAGAGGGUGCGUCAGCAGCUGCUAAAAAGGGUGCUGUGGCAAGUUUGAUAAGAUCGAUAACACAAUUCUCAAUAGGUUCUCCACAUACCGGAGGACAGUGGUAUGAGGACGGUGUACGAAAAAUUCCUACAGCCUGCAUUACUGUAGAAGAUGCUGAUAUGCUAUUGAGAAAGUAUCGCCGAGGAGAGUCGUUGAAGAUUCAUUUGGUGCUGGAGGACAACAAUUUGGAUCCAUUCAUGUCUAGAAAUGUCAUAGGAGAAUUAACAGGAACUGUUUAUACCAAUAAGUCGGUAGUAGUUGUUUCGGGACACUUGGAUGGCUGGGAUGUAGGCGUUGGAGCAAUGGACGACGGCGGAGGGAUCAUGAUUUCCUGGAAAGCACUGACUUUUUUGAAAGCCAUGGGUUUGAGACCACGACGAACAAUCCGGGCCAUUCUUUGGACGGGCGAAGAACAAGGUUUAUGGGGCGGCAAGCAGUACUAUCAGGACCACAAGCAGCAAGCUGAGGAAGAGUUCAACUUUUUCUUCGAGGCCGAUAUCGGAACUUUCAAUCCAACCGGAUUCGAUUUCGUGGGUAACGAAAAUGCUGCUUGUAUAUUCCACGAAAUUGUGAAAUUGAUGGAACCACUGAAUGCUACUGAAUUUAGAGUUACGAAUGACGCAGGUCCGGAUAUCUCAUACUGGGUUGGAGAUGGCUUUCCGGCAGCUGCUCUUAUCAAUGAAAAUGAGAGAUACUUUUGGUUUCACCAUACAGAAGGCGAUAGCAUGCUGCUGGAAAAUUCUCAAAUUUUGGAUAAAUGCGCCGCAAUCUGGGCUGCAGCUGCUUAUGUAGUGGCAGAUUUGAGUACACCGAUGCCCAAGUCGGUUGCCGGAAAGCAGGACAAUGAAUGAAAUAUAUGAUUUAAUAAAAAACAUUUAGAAAAUAUACCGUCAAAAGUACGGUAUUUCAACACAGUUGAUUUUAUAACAUGAAAAAACUGAGUUUAUCUAGAAAAUGAAUACUUCGGUAGUGCUUAGAGUGUUGAUAUAUAACUAGUUAAAUUGUUGGAGAAAAUUGAUUCUGGAUGCUUUUUCUUUCAAAUAUAACAAAAGAAUCUGGGAAUGUAGUGGGAUUAUAACAGUGCAUAACCAUUUAGGGGUUCACCUAAGUUUGUGCUUAGGGCACAUAACCGUUUUUACUACGAGUCCGCAUCGAAUCUCGUUCAUAAA